GCUGUAGACGUUUACAUAGUUUUGCAAAAACAAAUUAGGUCGUAUUUCGUAUCGAUGUAGUGCGUGAAAUUUUAAUCGGCGUUUAUGCCUAACGUGUAACAUUUGAAAGAAGACACGAACUCUGUACGAUUGGUUAUUAUCAUUAUUUAAAGGAGAAAGAUAUUUGAUGGUCCGCCAAAAUGUUAGCACCAACGGUCAUUGUCCAGUCGUCUUCUCGUCCGUCCAGUACAAUGGGAGAACGAGAACCUACAAUGUCUUCAGAGCCCAGCGAAGAGAAACAUGAACCGAAUGUAAAAGAAAUUGUAGCACCAGCUCGCAUGAACGUCCUACAGCCCGAAAAAUCUGAAAGUGAAGAUGAAGAAGACCAAGAAGUAUCACGUCACACGCAGCAAAUGGGUCGACUCGGGCCAGCUGGCUAUUGGCAAAGUGUACCAAACAGUAGAGGUGCUAGUCCAGGAAUGGACAAUGCCAGUGAAACUUCUUCGGUAAUGCCCGCACCGGUUCCUGGUCUAGCGGCUUCUAGGAUUUCCAAAGAGAAAUACAAUCACCUCUCAUACUGGAAAGCUAGAAAAGUUACUUUUUAUAAAAAUGGAGAUCCAUACUUUCCGGGAUUGGAACUAAGAUUUCGGCCUGGUAGAGAUAUUGGAAAUUUGGAAGCUUUAUUUGACAAAUUAUCUUCACGAAUGGAUUUGCCCAGAGGUGCAAGAUACUUGUUUUCAAUGGACGGGAGCAGGGUUGUUAGCUUAGAUCAGUUAGAGGACGACCAAUCGUAUGUGGUUUCUUCUUAUAAAAGUUUCAAGAGCACAAGUUAUGGCAAAAAGACUAGUGGUUGGAAUUCAACAACGGUUGCGAGUGGUUCGGGUUGGUCGAGACAAACUUCUAUGAGCAGAAAACAGUCGGUAAUCGACCCAAACGAUUUAAACACUGCCACGUCAGGCCUCAACAUAUCAAAAUCUUCAACUACUAGAGUCAUACGAAUCAUUAAUAAUUUUGAUCACACAGUUCAGUGUCGCGUUCUCCUAAACCUGAGAACCACACAGCCAUUCGAAGAAGUGAUCGAAGACUUAGGACACGUAUUAAAAAUGAAUAAUGCCAAACGCAUGUUGACCGUAUCUAACCAAGAGGUCCGCAGUUUUUCCCAGUUGAGAAACGAAUAUGCUGACGUUGAUACAUUUUACAUUACAUCCGAGUCUCGGGUGAUGUCGCCGCCGUUUAGGAGAUCACGAUCUAGAGGAGCUUUGGCGGUCGAGCCGAUUAACACAUCUAAUAAAACUGACAGACAGAGAAGAGCUAGGAGCAAGAGCCGUCCUCGUGCAUUGUACGCGGCAGACACGGAUAUUGUCAAAGUCCCACCAGAUUAUUCUGUUCUGGACGUGAUGAAAGAAGAUCCUAUCCGAGUUUUAAUAAGGGGCACGCGAAGAACAUAUUUCCCACCAAUGGUACAUCCUCCAGCGGACGAUUCUCCGCCCGACAAAAGGGUUACACUGAAUUGGGUUUAUGGAUAUCGAGGUAUAGACACAAGGAAGAACCUUUGGGUGUUACCUACGGGAGAGUUAUUGUAUUAUGUAGCCGCAGUAGCCGUGCUCUAUGACAGGGACGAGGAUUCCCAACGACACUAUAUCGGACACACCGAAGACAUCCAAUGUAUGGAUAUACACCCGUCAAAAGAAAUGGUGGCCUCGGCUCAAAAAGGCGGAAGGACGCGUAAAACACAAGCUCACAUACGAAUAUGGAGUCCUGAAACGCUGUAUACUUUGUAUAUCGUUGGCAACGGGGAAUUCGAAGAAGGAGUAAGCGCAAUAGCCUUUUCUCAACUAACGGGCGGAAACUACUUGUUGGCUGUUGAUUGUGGCAGAGAAAAAAUGUUGUCUGUUUGGCAAUGGCAAUGGGGUCAUCUGCUUGGAAAAGUAGCCACAAUGCAAACUGAAGACAUAUUGGGUGCAUCUUUCCACCCUCUGGACGACAACUUGAUGAUUACUUAUGGAAAAGGCCAUCUGACAUUUUGGACUAGACGAAAGGACGGAUUUUUCGAAAAAAUCGACAUAAUCAAAGCGCCUUCGAGAACUAUUGUCACCAGCUUACAGUUUGAACAGGAAGGUGACGUUAUUACAGCCGACGGCGACGGGUUCAUUACAGUGUACUCUGUAGACAGCGACGGUGCCUACUACGUCAGGAUGGAAUUCGAGGCUCACAACAAAGGCAUAAACGCUUUAAUAAUGUUACCGGAAGGUACUUUGUUGUCCGGAGGCGACAAGGAUCGCAAAAUCAUUGCUUGGGACUCAUUGCAAAAUUACAAUAAAAUUACCGAGACCAAGUUGACCGAAGUUUUCGGUGGUGUUAGAAGCUUGUGUCCUCAACGCCCGGGAAGAAAUGACGGUAACAUAUACGUAGGUACGAUCAAGAAUCACGUUCUCGAAGGAUCGAUGCAGAGGAGAUUUAAUAGAAUAAUUUUUGGACAUAGUAAACAGUUGUGGGGUUUAGCAGUACAUCCUGACGACGAACUUUUUGCCACUGCCGGCUACGAUAAAAACAUUUCUUUAUGGAAGAGACACACUUUGCUGUGGAGUACUCAGAUAACAUAUGAAUGUGUAUCGCUAACGUUCCAUCCUUUCGGCACUGCUCUUGUAGCUGGUUCGGUCGAAGGCUAUUUAGUCAUAUUGAAUGCCGAAAGUGGUGCGGUAGUGUCUAGCGUUAGGGUGUGUGGAUCAGCGCUAACAUGCAUGGGCUUCAAUCCAGCCGGCGAUACCGUAGCAGUCGGAUCUCAAAACGGUAGUUUAUACUUAUACCGAGUGAGCCGAGAUGGUCUCACGUUUAAGAAGUCCAACAAAAUAAGAGGGGUCCAACCGUUAGUGCAUUUAGAUUGGAGUACGGACGGCCAUUAUCUGCAAACUGUCACUGCCGAAUACGACCUUGUUUAUUGGGACGUUAAAGGAAUGAUGCAAGAGAAGAGUGCGCCGGCCAUGAAAGAUGUCAAGUGGUAUACGUACAACUCUUCUGUUGGAUAUUUGGUUUCAGGAAUUUGGCACAACAGAUUCUAUCCAACGACAUCGUUAAUAAGCACUGCCAACAGGUCAGCAGCUCACGACCUAUAUGUGACUGGUGACACAGACGGAUAUCUUCGAUUAUUUAGGUAUCCGUGUAUUCAAAACAAAUCUGAAUACAACGAAGAGAAGGUGUACAGUGGACAAAUUUCUAGCGCCAGGUUCUUGUACAACGAUCGAAACGUGGUGACUGUCGGUGGAACAGACGCCUCACUUAUGCUAUGGGACGUGGUGGAAGAUUGAUAAGCAGGAAAAAACUUUUUCGAAAACUUUUUAAUUUUCAACUUUUUUCGAUUCGAGCACAUCUUGGAAUAAUACUUUGUACAAUUUUUUUCUAUAAUGGCUCCGUGUUAUGGUCGGUAUCAUGUUGAAAAUUAUUGUUGGCAUCAUGAUCCCAUUUAAAAAUAUCCAGUUAUGUUGUGGAGGUUCAAUUUGACGGUUCAAAAUUUUUCAAUUUGGAUGUUUUGUAACGAAAUAGUGAUUAGAGUACUAUUGUAAAUGUAAAGUACAGCAUGAAUUGAAUUUUCAUUAGAUGUGACAAAUCGUUUUAAAUGUAAAAUGCCACAGAUUAUUGUUACUUUUUUUGAGUGUAUCUAUUGCACAUCACCAUAUUAUGCUUAGUUUUUUUUAUACAGUAAAUCAAUCAUGAGAAAUAAAUAAAAUAACAUAAGAAUUAAAAUUAGGAAUUUUCUUGAAAUAUUUUAAUACUGUUCACUUUUGAAAGCGAUUAAAUUGUUUAAGCUC